AUGCCCAGCCUCAUGUCAUCCACGCUGGGGGUGACAUCCAUCCGAAGUUCUCCAGCCACGAACCUCACUACCAAGCAUCCUGGAACCACUGGACUGCUUACCACAGUCUUCCUGGCCAGCUCCAUCACUGCGCACAGAAGCUCCUCCUCCUCUACUCCCUGGUCCUCCACCUCUUCCCUCCUCACCUCCGGGCCCAGCUACUCCAGUUCAGAGCCCAGCAAACCAGACACACCUAUGCCCACAGAGGUCUGCCGGGUGCGGGAGCAGGAGGAGGAGGUCACUUACCAGGGGUGCACAGCCAACGUGACAGUGACCCGCUGCGAGGGAGUGUGCGCCUCCUCGGCCAGGUUCAACGCGUACACCAAGGAAGUGAACACCCUCUGCAGCUGCUGCCACCCUGUUGGCUACUACGAGAAGCAGCUGGUACUGCCAUGUCCAGACCCCGGAGCACCGGGCGAGCAGCUGGUACUCACACUGCAGGUGUUCAAACGCUGCAUAUGUGGCCUCUGGCGCUGCAGAGACCUGGGGCCAGCCCUCCUGGCGAGAGGAUGAAGCACCGCUCCCAACCCCACCCCCUACCCCACCCCACCCCAGCGCCUUUCUGGGCAUGGCCUCAGAACCAAGGGCCUACUGGGCAGGGGUCCCACAGACCCUGGCCCACCCCACACAAGCCUUUCAGAACACGCCCACCAGUCGUCCACACUGCCUCCCAGCCUUGGAAGGCAGCUGCCCGGCCCUGCCCCACCAGACCCGGGCCUGACGAAGGGCACCCAUGAGCAGGGAAGAGGCAGCAAGGCAAGGCUGAGCGGCCAGAAGGGAAGUGAGGGUACCUGCCCACCAACCCCGCUCACCUGGGGAGAGGGUCCCAGCGUGGUGCUCGGAAAACCCCCGUGAACGGAGGACGAAUAAACCGGCCCAGGUCAGGCACAGGCCCGAGCUCUG